UCUUAAUUUCCAUCAAACAUCCCAUAUGAUAUAACGCCACAUAUCAAAUUCCUAUAAUUUUAUCAGCACGUCAAAAUCUGGUCUCUCUAUUAGAUGCUUCGAUGCUCACUUUAAAGCCCGGUACUGAACAAACUAACCUAGAUACUUGCCCCCCAAACCUGAGUAGCUAAACGAUUCUCUUAAGGUUACCCAUCUCACUGACUCUCGCUAUGAAUGAUUACGUAAACGAGAAGCAGCACAAUCAAGUCCCAAGUUUGGAUUUUCAGCGAUUGAAAGUUGUUUCGGCGCUCGGGCGUGGAGCGAAGGGAGUGGUUUUUCUGGUUAAAGACGAGCAACUGAGUGAGUUUCUGGCUCUGAAAGUUAUUUGGAGGGAUUUGAUUGAGAAGAAAAACAAGGAUUCAAACAGUAGCAGUAAUGACGAAGAUGAUUACAAGAGGGUUUCCUUUGAACGACAAGUGUUACAGUCUUGUAAUCAUCCAUUUCUGCCCAAAUUAAGAGGAGUUUUAUCUACCGAGAAAAUUAUCGGCUACGCUAUUGAUUAUUGUCCAGGGCGUGAUUUGACUUCUCUCAGGAAAAAGCAGACUGAGAAAAUGUUCUCUGAUGAUACCAUCAGAUUUUAUGCGGCGGAAAUGGUUCUUGCAUUGGAGUAUCUACACAGUCAAGGCAUAGUGUACAGAGAUUUGAAGCCUGAGAACAUAAUGAUUCAAGAGAACGGCCACAUAAUGUUAGUCGAUUUCGAUCUCUCCACAAAACUACCUCCGAAAACUCCACAACCAUGUUCAGAAAAGACUCCCGCCUUCGUUGCAAUAAGACCUCCUGACUCCGUCACCAGGAAACGACGGCCGCUCUUUCACAGCAUUUGCAACUCUGGUAUUUCUCCUGAAGACUCGGUCCCUUCAUCGUCACACAGUUUCAAGACACAGUCAAAAAGCGAUUCUGAUCAGUCGACGGAGAAGUCAAACUCGUUCGUCGGAACGGAAGAGUACGUGGCUCCGGAGAUCAUCUCCGGCGAUGGCCACGAUUUUAGUGCAGAUUGGUGGUCCUUAGGAAUCGUUCUCCACGAAAUGCUGUACGGAGUAACGCCGUUUAAGGGAAGCAAUAGGAAAGAGACUUUUUAUCGGAUUUUAAGCAGACAGGUUGAACUAACGGGCGAACAGACAUCGUUGAGGGACUUAAUCAGGAAAUUGUUGGAAAAAGAUCCAACGAAAAGGAUUGGAGUAGACGAAAUCAAGGGUCACGAUUUUUUUAGAGGGAUAAAUUGGGAUUUAGUGUUAAAAAUCGUUAGGCCGCCGCAUAUUCCUUCUUGUUACGAGUUGGAGAAUAAAACUGAUGGGGGUACAGAAGGGAAUAAAGAAAUUGAUGUGGAAUCAUUCGUCCAAGGAAUAUUCUCAAGCAGUGAUGAAAGUGAGAAGAACCAAGUUGACGGUGUGACUGAUAAUAAAACGGCGUGGGGUAAUGGUGUAAAUCACCCACUCAGUGAAGCCAAUAAUUUCUCUGUUUUCUAAAAACCGGUAACCUCCAACAAGAAUUAGUUGUGGAUAAGAAUUAACCUCCUUGGUUUAAGGUCCAAACUCCUAACCAGCCAAACUCUAAAGGGAGGUAUGCUUUAUUUCCGGUUAGAUAGAUUAUGAUAAUCUCUUUCCAAACAAGUUCCAAAAUCUUAUAUUUGCCCGUUAAUUAAUUAAACAAGGAGACACAACUUUACAAGUUUUUGUUGUAAUGAAAUGUUAUGCCUAA